AUGUAUAAUUUAAUAAUAAGGCGAUUUUACACAAGUAUUAUCGCCGAAUGUGGUAAUAUCACCCUUAAAACCAUGAAUAAUACACUGAUAAAGAAUAUUAUAAAGGAUAACAACUUGUUAAAUGGUUUAAAAAGUGAAGAAUUGGUAAAUGUGUACUAUAUUAUAAAUAAACAUAAAUUUAAUCUGAAUAAUAGUUUAAAUAAAUUACUAUUAACCAAAUUAAUUUCAACCUUCCAAGAUAUGGAUACCGUAAAUAAACUGAAACUGUUAAAUUCUCUUUAUUUGAAUAACAAUAGCACUUUAAACAUAAAAAAUACCUUUAAUGUAAACAACGUUAACUCAAUUAGUAAGAAUUUGUUCAACAAUGAUUCGACAAUUGACACCUCUGUGUUACUGGAGAAUUUGAAAAAUAAAAAUAACCCUAGAGAGUGGAGGAAUUUAGUAAUUGAGUACAUAAAAACAUAUUUUUUGAACCACAUUGAGGAAUUAAGCAACAUCAGAUAUCUGUGUAAUUUUAUCUUUUACAUCAGUUCCACUAUAAACAACUUUACACUGUCAAAUUAUAACUUUUUAAUCCAACGUUUAAAUGCAUUUCUCCAGAAUUCCAUCAAGAACUACUCAAAUAACAUAGUUGGUGGAGUUGACGUGAUCACUGUCGAGGGCAUAAUACAACUAUUGUGGUCACUACAAAAGAAUAACAUCUAUCAUAACCAAUUAUUAAACAACAUAACUCAAAGUUUUGAAGAAAUACUGAAUUCUGGACUAAGCCAUGUAACAUUGGGUCACAUAUCACUGUAUUGUAACAGUUUAUUGUACUUUGACAAGCUGGACAAUCACAUCUUAGAUUCUGUGGUUUCUUACAUAAACUCAAACAAACUGUUAGAUAAUGUUAAUGACAGUGAUUUUGUUAAAUUGGUAAACAUUGUUUGGUGCAUCUGUAUAAAUAACUCUAAUAAUAUUGAAAGCCACAUUCCAACGAUAUCCAAUUUGUUAGAAAAGGUAAAUUGGGACAAAUUCAAGUCACUUUCAAGUUUUAAGGACCUAAGGAAGAUGAACCAAGUACUCACAAUUGUCGGAGACCACUUAAGUUCUGAGAAUUGUAGACUAUCUCCAUUACCCAAUGACUUAAUUAACUUAAUAACUCAAAGUUGCAGUAAUAACAUAGACUACAAACUAAACUCAAAAACUCAAGACAAGUUUAGAAGAAUUUUGCAAAAUUUAAACAUAAGUUUUAAGGCUGAGCAUGUUAUCAACAACGAUAUUGUAGUGGAUUUCUUACUCCUAAACACCACUGAUAGUGCUGAGGCGGUUUUAGCUGAUGGAGGAAACGCCGUUUUUCCAGAUAAUGAGCUAUCCCAGGGGAACAGUAAUGUGGUAAUAGAAAUUGAUGGGCCAUAUCACUAUAAUAUACUUCUUGAUGAGGAAGACUGUGUUCACGGCGACAUAAUAAAGUAUGGGAACAUUAAUCUAAGAUUAAAUGGAAAGACGAUUUACCGAAAUAAUAUACUAGCCAAGCUGGGCUAUAAACUGAUAUCCAUACCCUGGUUCGUCAUACACCAGUACAAUAAUGACAACGUGUACAAUUAUAUUAAAAAUGUACUCAAACAGUACAAUAUUAAUUUUAAACCUUAA